UCUAUUCAGCCAUUCGGCAGAGGGAGGAAGUUUUCUCCUUUUCCUGUUUUUUUCCUUCUUCUAGGAAACCGAACCAUGUGAUUAGCAUAACGAUACAUCAGUGCAUUCGUCAAUCUGUUGCUUGAGCUUCCACGGGACAUCAGGGAAACGGACGGAUCGGACGGAUAACGAUAGACUGUUUUGUAUAUGGUCAGAUUCCAACAGUUUCAGCUCAGAAGUCACAGACUAGCUCAGGCAGCACCAUGGACAAGAAGCUGGACUUGACCCCGCUGACAGAUGAAGAGGCCAAGCACAUCUGGGAGGUGAUCCAGAGAGACUUCAAUCUCAGGAAGAACGAAGAGGAGAGGCUGGGGGAACUGAAGACCAAGCUUGAGAAGGAGGACAAUAAAAGGGAGCUGCUCACUUCCCAGUCUAGUCUGUCGGAGUCCCACUGCAUCCACUGUCUACAACCAUUCAAUUUCCUAUUGAACAGCAAACGCCAGUGUUUGGACUGCCAGCUACACACUUGCAAGGCGUGCAGUCGCUACAGCAAGAAGGACCAUGGAUGGGUCUGUGACCCUUGCCGCAUGGGCAGGCUUCUGAAGAUUGGAACAGUAGGGUGGUACCAUGAUAAUGUACGCACCCGCUUCAAACGUUUUGGCAGUGCCAAGGUGAUGAGGUCACUGUGUAAAAGGCUGAACGAAGAGGGGCCCCAAGAGGACGACACCGUCAGCAUGCCCGAUGUCCGCAGUGCUUAUAAUGGCCAUGACGAUGAGUACCUGGACGCGACUGAGGCGCAGCGGUACAAAAUGAUGAGGAAACAGAAACGCCUUCUGUCUGUCCACCCAACGGAUUUUGAUAUGGAUGAGUAUUUGAGCCACUCACGCCGACAAUCUGUGCAGUAUAUUCAAGAGGAAAGAGGUUCACGGAAUGACCCGGACUACAGUGCCGAGAUGUAUCACCAACAUCGCAUGAACCGCAGGAUGAGCCUGGAUAGAUACACGAGACCAGAUGAAGGUGCUGAUAACAGGAUGGUGCGAGCGCGCUCCCUCUCCAAGAUCAAUGGCCCUCUGCCCCAGCGGCAGAUCUACCUGGACACGUCUGAGGAGGAGGAAGGGUUCCGUUACCCCGUCUACCAGUUACCCCAGCUGCCCCCCCGCAGGCGCAGUAGAGCCUCCUCACAGGAGAACGUCAACCAGCCUCCGCCGAUAAAUGAACUGAACAAGCGCAUGUCUGCCAUCGAGAGCCUGCUGAAUCGAUUGGAGGAGAAGAUCAGCCCUGAACCUCUCCCGGCCACACCAGUGCAGCAGCAGGUGGAGGCUGAGAAGCUGCGGAAGAAGUUAGAUGAGCUGAUGAGUGACAGAGGUCUCUCGUCCGAUGAGGAGGACCCCCGAAGAGAGGCCUCCAGCCAAGAGGCCCUGAGAAAGACUAGUCUACUGGUGGCCCCCACUCCAAAAGAGGCAGCCUCCAGCUCCUCCAGCGAUGAGGAGCCUACAGAGGCUCAGAAGAGAUCCUCUGCGGCGGCCCUUUGUGACAUCACAACUCAGAUUCUAAGAACCAUUAAUGCAACCGAAAAAGCACUGACUGACUUGAACCCCUCAAUGCCUAAAGACAGACCUCAGUUAGCCGGGACAGAUGUCAGGCAAGCAGAGGCUUACAGAGAGCUUGAGGAAAAUGUGUACAUGACAACAGGUAAGUCCUUCGCCGUGGAGAAGAAGCUGCAGAGUUUGGAACUGAGUACUAGAAACCAGUACGGCUGUAUGACUGACUCAGAGCUAUCGGAACUGGAGGACCAGUUGGCCAAGACUGCAGCCAAAGUCCAGUCCACAGAGAGCGAGGUGUCAGAUAUUGAGAAUAAGAUAGCUGCUCUCAGCAAUACAGGAGUUCCUACAGAGAGGACAAAGAAGAAGAUAAUGAGCACAUCACAAAGAAGAAAAAUUUCUCAAGAUGUAACAACAAAACCCAGUAUUGGCUCAGGAUUUCUCAGGAAAAGGUCAAUUAACUUGUGAAAGAAAGAUAUCCUCCUCACUGUCGCUGACUGCAACCAUUACAAUGACAGUUCAAGGAAACAGAUGUCACAGAUGUUACAAGUGACUCAAAGUGGCUAGAGUGACUCAGAAUGCAGUUAGUAUUGGCACACUUUACACUGCAUGAAUCCAGUUAGUAUUGGCACACUUUACACUGCAUGAAUCCAGUUAGUAUUGGCACAUGUUAAUGAAGAUUGGCAUAUGUUACACUGCAUGAAUCCAGUUAGUAUUGGCACACUUUACACUGCAUGAAUGCAGCUAAUAUUGGCACACUUUACACUGCAUGAAUGCAGCUAAUAUUGGCACAUGUUACAUUGCAUGGAAGCAAAAGCUCAUAUCAUAGAGAGUCAAUUUGGGGUGUAAUGAAUGGAGUGUUGUGCCACAAAGGUUAAUGAAUCAAACUACUAUUGCUUAUUACUUUCAUAAUAGUCAGGAUUGUAAGGUCACUUCCACGUCCACUUUUAACAUCUGUGAUAUCCCUGCUGAGACAUUGUUAUGUACCCUAUAUAGACUGGCAGUUAGUGUUGUACUGAUUCAAUGUAUUUACAUAGGAGGCCAUGCUACUGUAUUUACUGUUGAUUUCUCCAUGUAUGAUUUGUUCACAGUAUGGAUAUACCCAACCUUUAGAAAUUGCAUGUAAUGAUUGAAUAAAUAACAGUUUGAAAUCCCUUGAGCUCUUAAAAUUUCACAAUGGGGAAAACAGGCUAAUGCUGGUCUCCUUUCUCACAACAUUGUGGUAGAAGCAGUAGCGGUCGUGGUAAGGGUACAUUAAUAGUAGACGCAUUUGUUUAAUCUCAGGAGGAGAGGUUUUUCUUCAUAGAACUUUUUGUGUGCUAUGUUAUCUUGUAUUCCCAUUGUGACAAGUUGAUUCACUCUGUUUAUGUGAGAUCAUGAUCAUGUCUGUAUACAAAUCAUAUUUAAUUACACAUGAAUCUCACCUUGAAGAUGGCUCUGAUUUACAUUAUAUUAUAAAAAAAGAAUGCAUUAUAAAUAAAGAUAUAAAUAUAUAUAAAAAGUAA